AUGGCCAACCAUCAAGUGAAUCCCGCGUAUUACUUCGAAGGCCACAUGCUUCGUCGUUUAUACACGGAGAUUAGAGUCGGCAGUGGGCGCGUUAUUCCCACAGAGUUCACUCCCCCGAGUCCAGAUGAUACACCACAGUCCUUGUUCCCACAUUGCCCCAAAGCCACCGCAACGGAUCGAGUCCAUCGCUUCAUCCGCCUCAAUCACGACAAGCGCUCGGCCGAGGAUGAAUUCCUCAUCUAUACAGGCGCCACGUGUCUGGACAACGGCAGAAUAAACGGCAGAGCGGGUUGUUCCUUUGUUUACAACAAUUCCACAUCUGGCUUCGCACGGCUUCCUCUCGAGUUCGAAGGCCCCACUGGUCAACAUCACACUAUGACCGUUGAUAGAGCACACAUUCGCGCCGCCAUUGCAGCACUGCGAUAUCGAGACUGGGCUGCGGAUGACUUCAGUCGUCUGAUCAUUGCGACAGACUCGGAAUACCUGGUGGAGGGCAUCACGAUCUUGAUAAGGGAAUGGCUACAUUCGAAUUGGAUGACGCACGCUGGGGAACCGGUCAGGAAUCGGGACCUUUGGGAGUGUCUUCUUGGGGAGGUGGAAAUAUGGGAGGAGAGGGGGAUGAGCGUUCAGUUCUGGCAGGUUCCUAAAGAAGCGAACACAAAGGCGGACCGUCAUGCUAGACGCGGUGCGUUCAUGGAAAGACAUCCUGAAUUUACCGAUAUUUCUGGUAUCAGCGAUGUUUCUGUCUAG